CUACAGUCUAGUGUCCACAGGUGUUAUUUAUUGUUAUCAUAGUAAAUACAGAUUCUGAAAUGAUUUCUUUUUUAUUUAAACCACAGAAUAGAUGAAAUUUUCAUCUAUUCUGUGAUUUAAACUAACGACUGGGUAAACUGCAUACAAACGAAAUUACAUUCACAACAAUCACAGCUCGAGAAAAAUAUAGUUGGCAUUAAUAUGUUUGUACACCAAAGAAAUCAUUAUUUUGGAAAAGCCUGUAAAAGUAUAAAUGUCUAUUUACUUGACACUUAACUCACUUCUUAAACUAAUAUAAUAUAAUAAUAUUUUAUUCAUCCAUAAGAUUAAGAAAUAAUAUUUCUCUAAUGGAAUUAUGAUAGCAGCUAAUUUUAAAAGCCAACUUUUUAGACAGUAUCGUAAUCGUGGAAAUUUGUUUGGUGGAUUUUCAAAAGUAACCGUGAUGAAUAACUGUAGACUUGCUCAAGAUACAUUUGUAUUACGACAGUUGUUUGAUCAAGAAUCUUGGACAUACACUUAUCUGUUGGCUGAUUAUGUAGCAAAAGAAGCUAUAAUUAUUGAUCCAGUUAUUGAACAGGUGAACCGCGAUCAUUCAAUACUUAAGCGACUUGGUUUGAAUCUUUUGUACUGUGCCAAUACUCAUGUUCAUGCUGAUCAUGUGACUGGAACUGGUGAACUUAAAAAGUUAAUACCAUCAUGUGAAAGUAUUAUUUCUCUAUGUAGUGGUGCUCAAGCAGAUAUAUAUGUGAAAUCAGGAGAUGAAAUACAAUUUGGAAGAUACUCUGUUGAAGUUCGACAAACUCCUGGGCAUACCAAUGGUUGUAUUACAUUUGUUUGUCACGAUGAAGCAAUAGCCUUCACUGGAGAUUGCUUAUUGAUUGGUGGUUGUGGACGCACUGACUUUCAAGAAGGAGAUCCUGAAACGUUAUAUUCUUCUAUUCAUGAACAAAUAUUUUCGUUACCGGAUUAUUAUAAAGUAUAUCCGGCACAUGACUAUACCGGACAAACUGUUUCAACAAUUGGAGAAGAAAAGACUUAUAAUCCACGCCUCUCAAAAUCUUUGGAUGAAUUUAUUGAAUUGAUGAACAAUUUAAAUUUAGCAUAUCCUAAAAAAAUUGAUGUUAAUUUACCAAUCAAUUUGAAAUGUGGUAUUCAAGAAGAAUUAAAGAACAAUGAUUGAUAAUUUUAUUUUACUAUGAUAAUAUAAAAUAUUGAAUUUGUUUAAAAUGUUAUUAUAUUUUAAAAUUAAAUAAUUACUAUUGACA